AUUAAUCUUUCGUGUAAGUUUUCAAUACAAAUAUAUAUCAAAAUUAAUUUAACAGAAAAGUUCAUGGAUUAGCUGAGGCUGAUUUUUCACAAAGAAAUCUUGCCAAUUAUCUUUGAUCCCAUAACAACAAAAAUCCAACAUGGCCUUUAACCUGAACAUUUAACAAGAAUAUCAAGUUAAAGAUUAGUGUCAAUAUUCCUCAUUAUAUAUAUAACAAAGAGCAAAAACAGUACUGAAUGUCCUUUAUGUACUUGGAAAUUUCACAAGAAUAUUGAGCUAAAUAUUAGCAUCAACAUUCUUUAUGAUAUGAAAGUUAAAACAAGAUUAAUACUACAUAAUGAAGGAGAUUCUGAUAAUAGCAAGGGGAGACAUGAACACUACAUGUUAUUCGUGCACACACUUAAAAAUUACUCUAAUGCUACUAAUUGCUCCAUCAUUAUGUUCUCUUAAUCUCAACAAACUUAUCUGUCAGAGCAUUCUCCAUAUCACAAAAUGUGGAUCUCAGCCUUGUCAAAAUGUAUAAUUUAAUCCAUGUUGCAUAGUUCCACCUCAUGAUUUAAGACAAUAUCUGAAGCAGCAUGAAUUAUAUUAUAUAUUUGAAAUCAAAGGCGUUAGUGUGGCAGCAUAUGAGGCACAUUAGGUGAUGAGUAAUGGGGACAUGCCAGAUAAUAAACUUCAGAGUUUCAAAAACCAUUUCACUUUGAAUAAUUUGAUGCAAAAGUAUCACAUGUUAGGCAGAGAUGGGACAAGCUUACCAUUUCCAAGAGAAUAAUGCAUGCUUCACAUGCUUUCUACACAUGAUUAAGAUUGGUGAACUCUAUUAUCUCUUAAGUUGGACUAUGGAAUCAAAUUGUGAAUAAUUGAAUAGACCCUAUAUAAGGAGAGGUGCCAAAGGGCUUAGACUACAAAAAACAAACAGCAUUGAGCUUCCUCCAAAAGAAAGAAAAAGAACAAUGGCAAGCAAAUUGCAUGUUCGAUCAAACAGUUUGCCAAAUGGAUCUCAUCCAUGGUCCUCAAGAGUGCAAGAGCAGUUGAACAACCUCAGGAACUUUGAAGCAACCUGCACAUCUGAGUCGGUUGUCAAAGGCUUGUCCAUCAAAUAUGUAAUCUUAAAUCAGCAUCAAGAUCUUAGCAUUCUAAGCGAAGUGAUAGAAAUGAACAAGUGUGUCUUCCAAUGUCUGCUAUCAUUCUUGGGUGGUCCUUCAAAGUCAAAGGCAAGCAAAUGGAUGAACAAGUUGAUGCAAAAGGGAGAAGUGAACUCAGAGAGUGGCAAUGAGUGGCAAUUGGUGGAUGCAGCUUUGAACACCCUCUUAAAUGAAGGUGCUAAAGGCUCCCAGAUUCAAGCUUCCAAUGAACAAUUAGAGGCUUUGGAGAUUGCUAUUGAAAGCAUUGAGAGUGGUUUGGAGAACUUAUUUAGGCGCAUGAUUAAGACUAGAACAUCCCUUUUGAACAUAUUAUCCCAAUAGAAUACACACUAUCUUCAGAAUACCAAUUUUGAUCUACCAUAUGUGUAUAUAUAUAUGUGUACAAAUACAAUCAAAUCAAAUGCAUACAAAAGUUUAUACUCU